CCGAACCGGGAUCGGAUCGGGGCGCGGGGCGCGAGGAAAAGGGGAGGUUAGGUGAUGCCCUGGGGAAGUACUUUUGGCCGUUCCGAACCGGAUCGCGAUCUGACCAGGUCUCGCCACUUGGCUACAGUUUCCUUUGAAGUUUCCGAGCUCCUGUUGCAAGCUUCUUUUCGCGCGCUCGUUCAGCUCCCAGCGGAAAUUCUCCCUGGCCAUGGCGGCGCCAGCAACAUGGACAGUGAGCGCGGCGCUGUUGAGCCGACGCAAGACGCCCGUGCCCGUGCCAACCUCGGAGGCGUACGAAAACUGGUCGCUACCCCAGCUCAAGCUCGAGUGCACGGCGCGUAAGCUUAACGUAGUGAAGAACACGAACAAGGAGGGCAGGAUUGCGCUGCUGAACGCGUACGACAACAACAAGAAGGCCAUCCGGAAGCGUGUGCAGCAGCAAAGGAGUGACGCGAGGCGCGGGCAUCAGGAGGAGGAGAAGCGAACGAAGAAUUGCAUGUUUCGCUUGCUCAACGUGCUGUUUUCGGAGCGCUUUUUCCACGCCUUCCUGACCUCUGGGGACCAGCUCAGCCGGCGCGAGCUCGACCAAGGUGGAUCGACGUUUUGGGAGAACAUAGCGACAGCAUUCAGCGAGGACAACGUCGAGUUCGACGCGCUGAUCUCUCCGGACGACCCCGUGUUUGAGGACAUUCGGGCCUCGCAGACGGUAGCCCAUUCGGCCGCCAAGCUCCACAAAAUGUGGCGUGAGGUGAGUGGCAACUUUGCUCGGGCAGAGGCGGGAUCGAAGAAGUCUGGCGAGCAUGGCGACGACUUCUGGGAGUACUGUGGAGGAAGAGCUGAUGUCUUCUACUUGCACCAGUGGUGCAAUCAUCGGGGUGCUGGUCGCGAGUUCUGCUCAGCGAACAUAUACUCGGACGAUGAAGACGACUCGCAGAAAGAGGGCACAAGCAGAGCCAAGAAGGGCAACCGUAAGCGUCGAAACAGCUCACAGGCGGAGGUGCUGGCGGCCCUAGCGGACAGUGUGGGUGCAAUCGCGGCAGCGAACGAGACCAGUGAAGCUCAAGAAGCCACGUGGAAGGAACAAGCUUUGUUGCUGCACGAUAAGAGGAUCUCACAUCGACUCAGCAUGCUGUCCGACAUUUUGAAGCGCACUAACAGCAACAUUCUCGAGCUGAAGACGCACAUCCUAGAGCACGAAGAUGACAGUGACGAAGACGAGUUUGAUGCCGAAAGCUUGCUGGCGCAGGAGCGUGGGAAGCGCCAAAAACUGAGAGAUCAGAUUCUGGAACUGGAAUGCGAGGUGAUCGCUAACGUGAACGCUGAACAGGUAAUUUAACGCGUCCUUGGGCGUCAAAGGUUGAAGUCUUGGAUGUGGUCGUUGAUAAUCUGGCGCAGGAUCCGACCGCGAGCAGCAUUGUCAAGUUCAACGCCCGUAAUGUCCGUGUCUUCCAUACUGUUAUCCGCAGCAUGGUAGGCGCAUUCUCGUAGUCUGUGGUAUGCACUCGACACUCGGUCGUGCACCACCGUUGCAUCAGCAUUAAUUAAGGUUUCGUUAGUGCAGAAGUUGUGGAGCUUCAUGCACGUUUUGAUCA